UGUGGGGGGUAAAAGUAGCCGAUAUUUGAAGUCGGAUCUUUUGACUAUAUUACAGUUCCCUAGUGUGUAUGCGACUACCUGCCACUUGAUGGAGGUAAGUAGUCGUAAAAAUCAUGUCAGAUGCCUUUAGGCGACUUGAAUAAAAUCUGACACCAGUGUUAGCAAUAACACACUCGAUGAAGAUUAUGAUGACUAUAUUUGUACAACAAAUUUCAUCAAAAUCUAUUCAGCAGUUUAGCUGUACAAGCUUGACAGACUUGAUAAAAUAUACACCUAAUAUAAAUAAAACAUCCUCUAUCUAGUAAUAUAAAAUCAUUAUGUCUUUUGAAGUCAUUUUUUUAGUAUAAAAGCUCUACUAAUGUUGAAAUUGUCAAUAGAUUCUUACAAGCAUAGUAACGAAGGAUUUUAUUCUUUCCUUUUUAUUAUAAAACGAUGAGGAUUUCAAAUAAAAAUAGCGAAAAACAUUGCGAAAAUGUAAAAGACGAUGGUAACCAACAUUUUAAUUCAUUCAGCUCGACUUACACAAUAAUAUCAGGAAUUAUGACUAUUGGUAUGAUGUAUCCUAAUUCCAAAACGGAUAAAUGGAGAUUAUUAGCUAUUGUGGUAGUGGGCCUCUCAUCGGCACCAUACCUCGCCAUAACAACUAUUGACAUAUGGCGUUUCUUCUCCGAGGGCGACCUGGCGAACGUCAUCCGGAUCAGCACCGUCUCAGGACCUUUCUCGAUGGUGGUACUCAAGAUGUCGCUCUUCUACUACAAAAGGCACAAUGCUAAUUCUAUAAUACAAGAGAUGGAACGCGACUAUGCUUUAGCCAACAGCGCUUCAAAAAAGAUACGCAACAUCGUCCAACAAAACAUAAAAAAUAACAUAUUCUAUGAAAAGCUUUGGACAAUAUGCGUUUUCAUUGCGGUGUUUACUUUUCCAUUUAACGCAGCCGUGAUGAACGUUUUAAACAAUAUUAACAAAGGUGAAAAUGGUUACAUGAUUACCGAUUUAAACAAUCCAUUUGCGGAAGACGCCGCAGCACGAUUCGAGUCGCCGUAUUUUGAGAUAAUGUUCAUUUACACUUUCUUCUGCUGUUGUCAGUAUUUCGUGUACUUCACCGGUUUCGAGGCGUUUAUAAUGGUUUCUACAGGACACGCGUGUCUAAAAUUCGAACUGGCCAACACCGCUUUGGAAGACGCCAUCUUGAUUCAGGAGGAUGGUGAUAGGAACAAAAUGGUGGGUAAUGUUAUUAGGGAGCAUAAUAGAACAUUUCGGUUCGUUGAUCUUUUAAACGACACAUUCAAUUUGUGGCUUGGUAUACUAACCAUAGGGAUUCUAGCGCAACUAUGCUGUUGCAUGUUUUAUAUAUUAGAGGGUUACGGGUUUGACGAGAGAUACUCAAUUUUCACAAUAGUUGUCAUCCUCUAUAUAUAUAUUAUAUGCUACAGAGCUCAUCAACUGAAGGCAACCGCGGAGGCGACGCCGACACGAAUCUUCAACUGCGGGUGGGAGUCCAAUAGAGAUAUUGGUCUACGGAAGACCCUGUGCUUCAUGAUAGCCAGGUUCCAGUCAACGGUCCAGAUACAGGCGAUAUAUUUCUUUUUGUUCGAUAUGGAGUUCUUUGUUUUUAUAGUGAAGACGGCGUAUUCAAUGUUCACACUACUCAAGAAAUAAUCAAAAACACUCAUGUUUAACUCGACUAAUUUAGCUAGCAGUGGUUCUUGUAUGACGCUUAUUUACGUAUAAAGUAAAAAUCAAAUCAUUUUUUUCUUAUAUCAAACCUUUACACGUACUUUCACAUCUAUAAUAUACCGCAGCAUUCGUGUGGUAGAAGACAUCGUGUAGAACGUAGAAUAUAGAAUUCUCAGACAGGAUCAAUUUCUGAAGGUUCUCAGGGUGGAGAUCGUGUCUAUAAGUACGUACUGCCUAUAGGAAUAUGGACUUUAUGGUUUCGGCGUCACAAUAACAUCAAUAUGUCGCUAGAGCUUGAUUACACGCGACUACAUUGACACAGCUAGAUGAUGCUAUAUGGGACCUAGAUAAAGCUAAAUAUCACCUAGAUGAUGCUAGGUGGGACCUAGAUAAAGCUAAAUAGCACCUAGAUGAUGCUAUGUGGGACCUAGAUAAAGCUAAAUAGCACCUAGAUGACGCUAUGUGGGACCUAGAUAAAGCUAAAUAUCACCUAGAUGAUGCUAGGUGGGACCUAGAUAAAACUAGAUGAGAGUA